UUAUUGGAAUUGUAUGCCAAAAGAAACCUCGAUUACAGAAUCCUGCUUCAAGACUGUGUGUUUACAAGCAAUACAAAUUCACAUUUCAUAAGGCAUACGUUGUCAAAAGAAUGUCACGUCCAGCAGAACCCAAGUUACCCCCUCCAAGGGAAGCAGAAUAUAUGUUCGAUGACUGGACAAUAAAAGUGACAAAAAGCCAUAUUAUGGGGUCUCAGUGCGAGGUUCAGGGUGGUUGUGAUGAAUCCCUGGAGCCUGAAAAACGAUGUAAUCUUUGCCGAUAUGAACAUAUUUUACGGCUUCCUUCCCUACCAGAUAUGGUCUUCGCAGACAAUUCACUAAAAAUCUCUCAUAAGGGGGGAGGCAGCAUUACGUUCAAUGCUCUGGAUGCCCUCAAGUGUGUAAACGUACAUGAGGAAAACCUGCAGGUUGCACAUGCUGAAGCAUGGAAAGAGGCAAGGUCAAACUGUGAGUUUGCCCAGAAGGUUGUAAAACCUUAUGACUGGACAUACACCACUGACUUCAGGGGAGCUUUAGACGGCAAUUUAUUGGCUGAGAAAUCUUCUGAACGAAUUGACCUGGAUAAAUUACGAGUUCGAGAAGAGAUUAAAUUCUACGAUGAAGUUUUUCUCUAUGAGGAUGAAUUAGAUGACAAUGGAAGCACUCGAUGUGUUGUGAAAGUGCGAGUAAUGCCAAGUGGUUUCUUUGUGGUUUUCCGACAUUACUUACGUGUGGAUCAAGUUAUUGUUAGGGUAAAUGAUACAAGAUUAUACAGCCCCAAAGGUGCUUCGUAUAUCCUGAGAGAGACCUCAUCAAGAGAAGCCCCAAUUUCCAAAUUAAGGGUUGAUGCAUCUGUAUACAAAGAUGCAGAUGUGGUGUGGCAGCAUCUUCCACUAGUGACAGAAACAGUCGAUAAGUUAGUUGUGGUGUAGUAGUUUUCAUCUAUCAUUGGGUAAUUAAUUUUUUUUUUUUUUUUUUUUUAAGAAAAAUCAGAGGGUUUGACUGGCGAUACAAAUAUCUUGUAGAAUAGUUUGUUUUUGUAAAGGCAUGAUUUGUUUGGGGAAGAAAAGACACCAUUUAGCAGGGGGCUUUGUAAGAUUCAUUUACUUAAUAUGCAGUAUGUUUCUGCUUACUGGUAUUAUGUGAUUUUGCAAGUUCAUGGCAAACUAUUUUUGAAGUACAUAUAUAAAAUUAGUAAGCAAUCUGUGAUUGUUUGUACAAAAAUGUCUUUUUCAUUGUGUGCUAAAGGUGUGAAUAAUUUAUGAUAGGUGGAGUCAUAAAUAGAAGGAUCUCAUAUAUCAUAUUUUGUUUUUUUGUGAACCCAUAUGAGUUUGUUAUACUGAUCAUUGUCAGUAAAUGAAUAGAAAGAUCAAGAAAAUUCACAUAUUUGCAGGACUCCCUUGAUUAUACUCAGAUACUAAUUGCAAACAUGAAAUAACAAUCUUUUUCAUAUUUUGUAGGUGGACAUGAAAUAUUAGUUUGGCUUUUGAGUUUAUUUUUAAAUCAAAAAAAUUAGCAACACUUUCAGGCUUUUGCCUUAUUUGAAAUAUAACGCAAUCUUAAGUUUGUGCAUUGAAAUACAUGGACCUGGUCAAUCUCUUAUUUCAACACCUGUAAAAUUAUAAAGGAUGAU